AAUUUGACCCGAAAACUUGAUUUUUUCCCGUUUUGACAUUAUUUUAUCAGAAUCUGUACAAGAUUCUUAAACAUUCCGUUGCCUCAAAUUUUAUCCAAAUUACCAAAAUUACCCGAAAUAACUCAUUAAAAUCAUGCUGACUGUGUGAGAGUAUGGGAAAUUUAAUGUGUAGAGACUGAGGUAAUAAUGUCUUUACACACGGAUAAUACACACAUUGGAUAACCGCCACACAAACUUCUCACUAAUAUAAAAAAUUUAUAUUAUCUCUCCUUAUUCCUUUUAUCAUUUUUACUAACUAUUUUCAAAAGUAAAAUUUUAUUUUUAGAUUUUUAAUGUGUUGAACAUUCCGGAUUUUAUUCACAAUCCACCAUUUAAUUUUUAUCUUCAGAUAAUAUUUAAUAUUUUCAAUUUUUUCCUAAUUUUUUCAUAAUCAAUUGAUUUUUUUGAGUUAAUUAAUUUUUUGAAUCAAUUGAUUUAUUCUGAAUUAAUUUAUUUGAAUCGAUUGAUUUCUGAAUUUUUCGAGUGAAUUCUGAUAAUUGACUCUUGGUGGAUCAUUUGAUUCCGUUCCUGAUUCUUUUAUUUAUUAAUUUAAUCCAAUGCCUAAGUUGUUCGCUCUUUAACUUUUAAUGUAAAACUCGAAAUCUCAAUUCGCUGACUCAAUUCCCCAAUUUACAACCGUAAAAUUAUUUUCAUGCCUUAAACGGGCUAAAAUACAAAUUUUUCGCUCAAAAAGAGGUUUUCAAAGGAAAUUAUUAUGAAAUAAGUUAAUAAAAUAAGUUAAAAUAAGUUAGUAAAAUAAUAAAAUAAGUUAGUAAAAUAAUAAAAUAAGUUAAUAAAAUAAGUUAAUAAGUUAACAAAUUUAAAAUAUUGAGAGGGUAUUAAAUUGGAGAGUAUAAAUACGUAAAUUUUAGGAUGUCUAGUGUUAGUUUUGACUCCCUCAAUUCUCACACUAUGCCCAUCUCCAUUCCCAAUCCUAUGGACACCAAUACUCAAUCAGGGGACUCUAACUCUCUUAAUAGUGUAAACUCUGGGAACUCUAACACUGUAAAUAGUGUAAAUACUGUAAACUCUGGGACUAACUCUGUAAACUCUAACACUGUAAACAGUGUAAAUAGUGUAAACACCAUAAAUAGUGUGGACAGUGUGAACAGUGUGAAUGGUGGGAAGUUGAGUGGUAUAGUGUCUGAUGUGUAUUUCUUUUUAUUGCAGAUGAAGUUGUUGAAUACUUUGGACUUGGUGAGGGCGGUUUGCAGGCCUUGGGGCGUGCCGCCAAACGGCAACGACUACGUGUUCCACUUUGACUUGAUUUCCAGCACAAGUUCACUCCUGGUCCUCCAACGCUAUGAGGAGAUUUUCGGCCCAAUUUACGCCCGGUUCGCCUUCGGGAACCCGAAGUUACUCUGGACCAAAGUGGAAGACGUUGACUACUUUAAAAUUAUUUACAGGCUUGAAUGUGUGAGAUAUAAUCAGCCGUUUAACUCUAUGACCUAUGAUAAUAUUCUGAGGUACACACUGAGUAAGCUGGACACCAACGGCACAGUCAGCGUGCUGGACAGUUUAAACGGAUACCUCGACCUCAAGAAGGACAAAGUCUGCAAACUCUGCGGGAACAUUUUUAAAAACAAAUGCAACUACUGCGAAGAACUCGAACAGUCACCAAACAGGAUCAUCAACACAGUCAACCUCACAACCGGCACUGAGGUACAGAAUUUUGUUAGUGAUGUGCGAACUGGAGAUGCAGUGGGAACGGGGGAUACUGUAAACACUGGGAAUACUGUAAACAGUGUAAACACUGUGGAGAGUGUGGAGAGUGGCGUGGUAGCAAGCACCGUAACGAUGGACGAGUGUCCUGGGUACAUGAAAAUGUCUAGUGAAGAUAAUUACACGUUAUCCAGCGGGUUAGAUACGAAUGACCUGGUCGAUGAACUUGAUAUCUACAACGAUGAUAUCACACAGUCCAUACAAGUUUCCGUUACGGCGCCAGGUCCAAACACUCUUAAUACCCUUAAUAGUGUUAAUAGUGUUAAUACUGUUAAUACUGUUAAUGGUGUUAAUAGUGUAAACACUGGGAAUACUGUAAACAGUGUAAACACUGUGGAGAGUGUGGAGAAUGUGGAAGCUGGUGUUGGCGGACCUAUCGCCGUAACGGAGGAGGACCUGACGAGUAACAGUAGUAACAAUAACACUCGAUUAAUAAGUAGUGACACGGAUGUGAACAGCAGUGAAGUUGACAUCACUACGAAUAACACGUUUGAGGAGAAUUUCUCACUCGCGGCUGAUCCCACCGGUGCUGCGGAAAAUAAUAUUAAUGAGGAUACUUUGGAUUACGGAAUUUUGGACGAGAAUAUCUUCUCAGUGCUGAGCGAGGAGGAGCCCGAGGAGGUUGAAGAAGUCGACGAACGCUACUUUGGGAAAAAUCAAGACAUCGAAAAGAUUAUCCUCUCCGUUCUCAAUAGAAGAUUAAACAAUAAAACUAAUAAAAAGAGGUAUGGUUACCAGUCUGACAAUUUGGAGUGUAACAACUGUUUAUUAUCGCUGUAUAAGACUGUGCAACCGAGUCAUUCUCGUAGGUCCAGGCCCCGUCAGUCCUCGGUGGACUUGAACAAGUUUAACCCCUACGACUUUAACAAACUCACGCCCUACGAUUUCAGUAAAUUGUCCUCCGUAGACUUCACCAAACUCUCAGCCUACUACGACAAGGACAAACUCUACUACGACAGACUCUACAAAGAUGACAGACUCAAUAAUUACUACAAAGAUGAGAGAUUUUACAAGGAUGACAGACUCUACAAGGAUGACAGACUUUACAAAGAUGAGAGAUUCAAUUACAAGGAUGAGAGGUUUAAUUAUAAAGAUGAGAGGUUAGGAUUUUAUGACAGGGGGUAUGGUAGAGAUUCCUAUGACAGAGGGUAUGGAAGUGGAUAUGGUAGUGGAUGUGUUAGGGAUGAUUAUAGGAAUAUGGACAAGUAUUCGUACAUGGAGAAUAAAUAUUCAUACAUGGAGAACAAGUACAAUUACAUGGACUUUCCGCCGGUGACUAAAAAGAGAACGAUCAAGUACAAGGACCCCGACUACUACGCGGGUGGCAGUUCCAGGGGUGACAGAGACCCUGCCCGCAGGGUACGUAAGAGGAGAUAUGACAUCCCAUACGCGUCGGUGGGUACAGACUUGUCAAAGGAUAUUAAAAUCAGUAGCCACGUGGUCUCUGCGAGUGUGAGUUACGACAAGAGACAGCAGCGUUUCAUGGCACAGUGGAAGACCAAGGAGGGCACCAAGCACUCGAAAUCAUUCUACGCUAAGCGCUACGCCACGCCAAUCAUGGCCAGGAAACACGCAGAACUGUAUAAAAUGUACAUUCUGCAACAUAGAGUCACGAACUCCUCAGACCUCGUCGAACCAACAUUCGAACAACUCUCAGCCAACAACUUCAAAGACCUAGACAACAUCAACGUCGGAGAACUCGAAUACGAUCUGGGAUAAUACAAUUUUUAGUAUAUUAUUUUGAUAGUGUGGGUGUUGUGUGAGUGUGGAUGAGUAGAGAGUGUCUCCCCGUGGCGGUCCCCCGCCUCACUACUAU